AUGGCCUACGAGGAGAGCGAGAGCCAGAUGGAGGAGGCGACAGAGGCUCGCAUCUGCAUCGAAGCACAGCUAGACUAUGCGCCAGAGGGCUGGCUGGUGUAUGCCGUUGGCUGCGUGGAGGUCGAGUUUUGGCAGGGCGCAACGGACCGGCAACACCAGAGGCGGCGUUACGUUCGAGAUGGGUUUACAUGGAAGAAUGAGCGUCUCUGGCCAUAG